CUUUCCUGGAAUGGCCGGGCGAGACUUCUCGCUGAAGAGCAUCCAUCCAUUUCCCAGACAAGCCUUCCCCCCCCCCAGACAAUCAUUUCUUCACCUCUUAAGAUAUCCCCACAUAACUCAUAACUACGCCAUCUAGUGGAUCUAUUCUUCACUUGCAUCAAUACUAACUACUACUCCUCUUUCUAUACUCCUUCUCGUCUCAUCUACCUGUCAUUGACCGUCGAGGCUGCCCCGCGGUCCCAGGCUGCAGCCAUGGAUGUAACCGCUCAAACCUUCUAUCACUACCUCCCGGGAAUACUGGACGACCUGGCAUCCAGUUGUUUCGUAUCUAUAGAUUUCGAAUUCUCGGGCAUCGCAAAUGGUCUUGGGAAAACCCAGAGCAAGAAAAGCACUCUGCAGGAGCGUUACGAUGAAGUCAAGAGAUCGGCCGAUAAAUAUCAGAUCCUACAGGUCGGCCUCACUAUAGCAAUCGAAGGCCCGGAGAGAGCGAUGUACACCCUGAAGCCGUACAACAUAUACUUGAGCCCGAUCAUCGACCGGAGGCUGGAUCUGGAACGGAAUGUGUCCUUCCAAAGCAGCGCCAUGCAAUUCCUCCUGGAGAAUCAUUUUAGCAUGGACACCUUAUACACGAGCGGCGUCGUCUACUUGUCAAGGGACGAAGAGGAGCAGAUAUUGGAAAACGCAGCCGCGAGACGGGAUCGUUCCGCUGUGCACACCUCCCUCGAUGUUGAGGAGACCGAAACUGAAUCCAUUGCAUUCCUGGCGGAAGUUCGUCGUCUCGUGGACGACUGGCUUGCUCUUCACGAUGCCCGGGGAGAAUACCUCAAUAUCCCACCUCCGAGUCCGCCCACUGCGUCCAAGCAGUCCAAAUCCAUGCCGUCGGAACUGAAUAGGUUUCAGAAAAGGCUUGUUCACCAACUGAUCGAAGUAGAAUACCCAUCGUUGGUGACGGUCAGUAAGCCUACGUUCAUCCAGAUCAUUAUUUACGACGAAAAGCGCGAGGAAGCCGUCAGAAAUCAGAAGAUGCAGUGGGUGCAGGACCGAAUCCGGCGGCAGACUGGAUUCCGAUGGAUUGCGGAGGCAUUGGUUGGAGGCGACCUGACGAACCUUGAGCCUUUCCUAUCGGUCUCUGAAGGCAUGCCCAAGUCUAGGCUCGCACAGAAAGAAUUCUUGGACCGCGCGAAGCUGCUGCUGCAGUACAAUCGGCCUGUCCUGGUUGGCCAUAAUCUCUUCACGGAUCUCAUCUAUUUCUACCGCUGCUUCUUCGGGCCCCUGCCGGACCGUGUAGAGCACUUCCAAUACAUAGUCCACCGAUUGUUUCCGGUUCUCAUCGAUACCAAAUACAUGGCUACUCAUGAUUGCGGCUCUAUCAACCCGAGGUCAUCGUUGCAGGAGACCAACGACAGCCUUGCUAAAGCCGCCUAUCCGCUGAUAGUGGUACACGAACAGCAUAGCAAGUAUGACAAAGAGGGCAUCAGUCACGAGGCUGGCUAUGACAGCCUGCUCACUGCCCGAGUCUUCAUCAAGCUUUCUGCACAGCUCCGAGAUGUAAAAGUAUCCGGGGCCACAGCAACAGACACCGACUCGCAGCGCGAGCCCUCCAGCCGAGAACCACAGCCAGUUGCGGAGGGCACGUUACCGAGACCUCGCCAGUCAAAGAAGAUUUUGAUGUUUGGCAAAAUCCCUGUAACGAAACCCCUUGAGACUGUGGAGGAUGACUCUCAUUAUCCGUCUGCGCUGGAGGCGCACAUGAUGUUAGGCCGAGACAAAUGUGCUGCGAGACAGCGAAUCGUAGACCAGGGCCACUUGAUCCCGCGACUAGGCACAGAGUUCUGGGAGGUCUACGGCAAUAAACUGCGAGUUUUUGGACCCGCGAUCUCCGAUGCCAGAGUGUGCAGAAGCUGUCGCCGCAACUAUGCCUCAGCCGUCACGCAGGCCUCCCCCGAACCCCCCUCCACAGCCUCGUCGACCUUCCCCGUCGUGAAGCCCGCCUACAUGAUCAAUGCCGGCGUGGUCCUCUCCCGCCCUCCCCAAAUCACCCGCGACCUGACCGACUUCGAGAAGUCGUACCACUUCUACCAGAAACGCUUGAACGAGCGUCUGACGCUCCCCUUCACGAAAUACUUCUACUUCAAGCGUGGCACGCCCGCCGACGAGGACUGGAAGCAGAAGAUCCGCGACCGCCGCACCCCCGCGCGCGAUAUCGGCAAGUACGACGCCUAUUCCAAGGAGGCCUGGAACGACGAGCUCCUGGUCGGGGCCCCCGACGCGGAGCCCGCCCACCAGGUCGAGAUGCUGGUGCAGGACGCCGAGUCCACCGUCAACGCCACCUCCCAGGACACCAGCAAGCAGGAAGAGAUCCCGAGACCGUACCCUCGCGUGACGGAAGCAGACACCAAGGGCGACCUGCAGAGCCUCAACCGCGCCCUGCAGCGUACCCUGUAUCUUCUGGUCCAGUCCAAGGAGGGAUACUGGAAGUUCCCCAGCUCUCCCGUUGAGGUGAAUGAGACUCUUCGCCAGGCUGCCGAGCGUACCCUCGCCCAAUCCGCCGGCGUCAACAUGAACACCUGGAUGGUCGGCUACCACCCCGUCGGCCACCACGUCUACUCCGUCCGCAACCAGAACAAGCUCAAGUCCGAGUCCGCCUCCGCCGGCGACAAGACCUUCUUCCUGAAGUCCCGCAUCAUGGCCGGCCAGGCCGAUCUGGCUGGCAACUCCCAGAACCUGGCCGAUUUCAAGUGGCUGGCUAAAGAGGAGAUUGCCAAGUUUGUGCGUCCACACUACUAUGCUAGCAUUAAGAAUAUGCUGGCUGAGCGGUAGUGGCUGGCUGCUUGGGAUGGUAUGAUAGCUAUGAGUGGGGGGGGAGGGUAGGAUAGGGUAUGGGUAUGAGUGCUUGGGGCAGAGUACACACUGUAUGGAUAGAUAGAUAGUAGGAGUAGGUGCGGACUUGUUGGGCUUGCAGCAGGUCGACACCGGUCCGGUCUGAGUCUUGCAUAUAUCAUGAGUAGUGAGUGGGUCAUGUAUAACUAGCUUUCUUUUUUUUUUUUUCGACUGUUUGCAAUGA